GGCAGUCGUUCGGCCCAAUCAGAGCUGGCCAAUAGUGCCUGGUGGUGGAGGGCGGGAUAUUUGAAUCGCAGCUGGCAACUCUCCUCUAAACUCGGUUUUCACAGAGGUGGAUUCAACUCCAAAUUUAUUUCCGUAGCUGGUUGAGGCAGUGGCUUCAAAUCAUUCGAACCCUUCAUUUGUUGCAGCCUCUGACUCCGAGCAGGCGCUGCAUUCCCUGCCUGCUGGCAUGGGGGCUUCCGAGAGUACGCCAGCGACUCCUGCCUCCAAGCCACUGCUGAACAAGCACCUGGCCCACGUCAGUGAUCCACGGUCCCCUACGGCUGGGAUCCUGAGAACCCCCAUAGAGGUGGAGAACUCCCUUCAAGGGAGUCCCCAGGUGGAUUCUAAGGAAGAAGGAUCAGUAGACAGCCAGAAUCUGAACUUGGACCCUCGUUCCCCAACACUUGGCAUCUUGCGCACACCCAUGAAAGCUGUGGUGGCCGAAGGCAUCAACAACCUAGUAAAGCAGCUCAACGAAGCCUUUGCAGCGACCACCACUGAGGUAGGACCACUCCCUGAGGAUCCCUCCUGUCAGAGCCAGAAGCACGAGGGAGCCUUGGUCGUGGAGGAGGAUUCGAGGGAGGAGGCGUCCUCUGGUAGAGCAUCUCAGAAGGAAGAGGGGAGAAAAGAGCAACUGUCUGAGAACGCUACUGUUGCGGCUGUCCCGAGAGUGGUGGCAAACCCCACCGAUGUCUGUUGGCCUGCAGGGAGCAAGCCGGUUAGGCGCAGGGGCAGCGGCAAGACACUGGCCAUCUUGACAAGCUCCGGGCGGUCUCCUCUCAGUGUUCUCCAGGAUGACAAUUCCCCCAGUUCCUUUGCUUCUCAGGUGAUGCAUUGCGGGGAGGGGAGAUGCCAUGGAAAAGGGUCCAUGAACAUCUGGAGCACCAUAGGUUGGCCACCCCUGGCCUAAGGGAAAGAGGGUCCCAUUCUUCUCUAGUGGCUCUCCAUGGGGCAAAGGGCUUCACUCUCCUCCUGGCACACUGUCUUUUCCGACUGUGAUGCUGGACUUUCCUUGAGCAGAGGCAUUAUGUCUUUAGCAAUGGGGACAGAUUUGGUUGCUUGCUGCAUAUUUAGCUGAUUUCCUUCCUCUAUCUUCCAGUUUCUGCUCUUUUCUCAGCUGUGCAAUCUCUCUCUUUUUUUUUUGAGAUACGGUGACCAGAACGACACACUGUAUUCCAGAGGAUGACAGUAUUCCCAGUCACGCACAUAGCUGGCUCACCUAUUUUCCUGGCGUUCCUAGUACAGUCUUCCCGUCUUGCCCCAGAAAUGGACAGCCAAGACGAUAAAUGUGUUGGGCCCCUUUUCUUAUUAUGAAAGGCUGAACAACCUGGGACGGUUCAGCUCAGAAAAGAGUUGACUGAGUGGGGAGACCGUAGGAAUUUAAAAUUAUGCAUGGGACAGAGAGAGUGGAUCGAGAUAACUUUUUCUUCCUCUCUUAAAAUAAUAGAAUUUGGGGGGCACCUUAUGGGCAAUAGAUUCAGGAUGGACAAAAGGAAUUGCUUCUUUACUAAGUGAGUAAUUAAAUUAGGGUUUUUGCUGCCAGGGGUCAUAGUUACGGCCACAAGCGCACAGAUGGCUUUGAAAGGGGAUUAGAUGGAUGGAAGACAGGUUCAUCAGUGGCCAUGCUGCAUAAAGAGAACCUCCACAUCCAAGGGCAGCAACAUUUUGAAUCCUAGUGCCAGGAGGCUACAUCAGAAGGCUUUGUCUUUAUGCCCUGUUUUCUCAGUCCUCCAGGGCAACUGUUUGGCUUCAUAGUGAAACAGAAUCCCAGGCUAGAAGAACCCACUGGUCUGAUCCUGCAGGUUCUUCUUAUAUUCUUAAGUUUCAUGGCUGUCAGCCAUGUGGGAGCAUGACGCAUUUGAUCAGCUUUGAGGCACUAAAGCUGUUUUGGGCUUCAUCAUUAACCAAUGGGUGGGCUUCAUCAUUAUCCAAUGGAUUUCUACCCUGGCCAAGUCACCAGUCUAUGAUUGCUGAGGAGUUUUUGUGCAGGGAGGGGGGCACAAGCUUCCAGCCUGCAUUUUGUGGGACAGUCUAAGUCCCAUUGUGUGUCAGCUUUGUGACAAAGCCCAGGAGCACCUAGCUGGCUCUUCAAAUCCCUCAGAAGCCACGGGGACUCUUGGGCCUUACUCUGCUGCAAGUCAUUUUUCCUUGGUAAGGUUCUGUCGCCUUCCUGGUUUUCAAAACCAUCUAUGUCUUGGUUGUACCACAGCAUGCCAUUAUGGACUGGGGCAAUUGGCUCUCUGGGCCCACCCUGGAAGGUCGUGCUGCCAGCUGCCUUCAACAACGCAGGCCUGUGAACUGUUUGGUCCAGGCACGUAGCAGACUGAAGUACCGGUGGGAUGGUCCAUACUGCUUCAGGCUGAAGGGGAAGAUUACAUUUUUUAAAACCCGGCCCUCCCCUCCACAUUAAUGCCCUGUAAAUAGAAAACAGAAUGCUGAAACUUAGAGCUAAAACAUGUUUUCUUACUGACUGCUUUUUCAGGCAGUUUGUUUUUACACCAGGGCAUCAUGUGACUCUCCCACCAAGCGUCUGCAGUGAUAUGUCUCGGUCAGCUGUCUGGGUAGACCAGAGCUUGGUAGUUGAAGGGAGGAGCUCCUGCUCUCCCUCCCAGCAGCAACGUCGCCUAAGAGUUGCUGUAGCCAUGGAGGGAGAAGGGUGCUAGGGUGCUGCAGGGGAAAUUGGAGGCAAGAGAGAGUGGCGGGGGGCUUUUAUUUUACUCCCCUAGUUGUGGUCUAGAAUAUUUUGUCUUGUUGGGAAUCUUUGCUAUUAGAUCCAAAUAUUGUGAUACCUUGUAAUCCGCUUACUGAUGCCUGCUUACUGAUUAUCUUGAAAUCCUCCUACUGAAAAGUUCUUAUCCUUGUAAUCUGCUUGGGGUCCCAGUGAGAAACAAAGGUUGGAUGAUGAUGGUAUUUUGGUCUUCUUGGAGGAGGCAUGAGGGCAGGGGGUGCAACAGAGAACAGAGAUUAAUCUAUUUCUUUUCCUACUCCACCAGUGGCUACUGUGAUAUUUGUAACCUUUCUUCCUGCACAACGAUUUUGCAGGUAGAAAUCCAGGAGAAACUUGUCGGAGGCUCUCUUCUCUCUCCCACAGAGUACCUGGGUGUAGGUGGAAUGUUUUUUCUACAAACUUCCUGCAGUUCUUGUGCACACUUUCCUCCCUCCAUUUUUGCCAAGGUGACUUGCAGUUCUCUACCAAAGCACAAUUGCAAAGCACACUUGAUCGUGGACUUGCAAUUUGUUUUCAGAGGGGGUCUGCUGCAAAUCAUUCCCUGCAGGUUUGGAUCUGACAAACACCAGUUUGUUGCCAGCCAGGGAGGACAGGAAGGCUUGCUUAUGGUACACCAAGCUGUGGUUUGGGAUUUUCUGGUCUGCGCCGGUGUGACUGUGCUCCUAUAGCUGAGGGUUUUUAGGGUGAAGGUCAAAUGCAUUCCUCUUGACACUGUGCCGCUCUCACUUCUUCAGAGUAAGAGGCAUCCGUCUGUGGCAGACAGCCAAGGAGAGCGCAAGGAAGGAGCAUUGCCCUCUGGCCGA